GGCAGGAAAAGCCUGUGCCCCCGGCUGCCCGCCACCUGGCAUUCAGUGGGGCUGGGCUCACAGCGUUCCGGGGGGCAGGUGGGAAUUUCACUGUCUCCUCUUCCCUGGCAGCUGGAUCCGCAGGCCGUGCCGACCAAGAACUGGCAUGUGGACGUGAUUGAGAUGAACGGGAUCAAGGUGGAGUUCUCCAUGAAGUUCACAAGCCGGGACAUGAGCCUGAAGAGGACCCCGUCCAAGAAGCAGACUGGAGUGUUCGGUGUGAAGAUCAGCGUGGUAACCAAGCGGGAGCGCUCCAAGGUGCCCUACAUUGUGCGGCAGUGUGUCGAGGAGGUGGAGAAGAGAGGCAUCGAGGAGGUUGGCAUCUACCGGAUUUCGGGGGUCGCCACGGACAUCCAGGCGCUGAAGGCAGCCUUCGACGCAAAUAACAAGGACAUCCUGGUGAUGCUGAGCGACAUGGACAUCAACGCCAUUGCGGGCACGCUGAAGCUGUACUUCCGCGAGCUCCCCGAGCCGCUGCUCACAGACCGGCUGUACCCCGCGUUCAUGGAGGGGAUCGGUGAGGCUCCCCCUGGGCCUGAGGACAUCCUGGUGAUGCUGAGCGACAUGGACAUCAACGCCAUUGCGGGCACGCUGAAGCUGUACUUCCGCGAGCUCCCCGAGCCGCUGCUCACAGACCGGCUGUACCCCGCGUUCAUGGAGGGGAUCGGUGAGGCUCCCCCUGGGCCUGAGAGCACUGAUCCCGCUCCUGCCUCCCCGCGCAGGGUUGCCGAAAAGGAGCCAGUCAACAAAAUGUCCCUGCACAACCUGGCCACGGUCUUUGGCCCGACACUGCUGAGACCCUCCGAGGUGGAGAGCAAAGGGCACCUCACCUUGGCCUCCGACAUCUGGUCCCACGACGUGAUGGCGCAGGUCCAGGUUCUCCUCUACUACCUGCAGCACCCUCCCAUCUCCUUCGCGGAGCUGAAACGCAACACACUCUACUUCUCCACAGACGUGUAGCCUGCGCUGAGAAGGCACCAGCCACACUUCCAGCCUCCCCGAGGGGGAGCAGAGACUAGACCCGCUCCAGCGGGGACAUGGGGGAACCUCCCAGGACUGUGCCCUCUGCAUCUUUGGUCCAGUUUUGUACAAGCCUCCAGCCCGGGCCAGGCCCUGCACGCCCUCUGUCUAGUAGUCGUGUCUUGCGUACCUUCGUGGUCAGGUUUGUUCUCUGUAUAUUUGUUCGACAGAAGAGGUAGUGACCUCGCUUCCUCCGUUUCCUGCCAGGCUCGGCUCCUUCGAAGGCCGUCACAAACUCUCCUUUUGCCCUCUGCAGCUUCCGCCGAGCAUCCCUGUCCCCCCGCUGGGCGCCCGCGUGUUUGGCCCCAUCCCCAGGCCCGCAUGUGCAACCUUGGCCGGCCUCCCGCUUCAGGGGCUGAGAAAGGACCAAGGGCUCCCCCCUUUCUGCCCAUCAAGACAAGCUCCUUUGCCUUGCGGACCGUGUGACCGCUGGACUCUGCUCCCUCUUGGAGCAAACCUUUGGCCACAGGCGCGUGCCUGUGUGGGAGGAAGGGGCCUUUAAACCUCUGUUCCAGGUGCUUUACCGCUUCGUCCUCUCAGCCCUUGGCCUGUGCUUUCUGCCUGUUUGUCAUGUGCCCCAUGGUUGCCCCCUGCUGUGUCGCCUGCCGCCAAGGGUGGGCCGGAGAGGUUCUUAGCAGGCUGCUGUGGGGGGAAGGGCUGUUCCCUUGGGCUGUCCCUACUUCCCCACCUCUGGGGCUGCAGCUGAGGGUGAAGCAGGAGACCCCGCUGGAGGAACUGCAGCGGGAGGGAAGUGACGGCCGGGAGGUUGGUACCUCGUCACUACCACUGCCUUAGCCCUUGGCACCGUCCCCCUCCACCCCGGCAAGCCUGCUCAUAG